UUCUACCUCCCAAACUGGCAACCUGCAUGUUGUUGAGGGGGAGGCGCUAGUUCACAGUAGUUUCUGGAAAGGAACCUCAUGCUUGCACCAUGGAGAAAGCUUCAGCAUUGAAAGACCAGGGAAACAAGGCGCUGAGUGCUGGAAAUGUCGAUGAGGCCAUACGUUGCUACACCGAAGCCUUGAGUCUUGACCCAUCCAACCAUGUCCUGUUCAGUAACCGCUCAGCUGCCUAUGCCAAGAAAGGCAACUAUGAGAAUGCUCUCCAGGAUGCCUGUCAGACUAUCAAGAUCAAGCCUGAUUGGGGGAAGGGCUACUCCCGUAAAGCUGCUGCAUUGGAAUUUCUUGGCCGAUUUGAGGAUGCUAGAGUAACUUACCAAGAGGGACUCAGACAGGAGCCAAGUAAUCAGCAACUAAAGGAUGGGCUGCAGAACAUUGAGGCCAAGCUUGCAGAGAAAACGAUGAUGAAUCCCUUUGCCAUGCCCAACUUGUAUCAGAAGCUGGAAAGUGAUCCUCGGACUCGUGAGCUGCUGGCAGAUCCCAGCUACAGAGCACUGCUAGAGCAGCUCAAGAGCAAACCGUCUGAGCUUGGAACGAAGCUGCAGGAUCCCAGAGUGAUGACUACUCUUUCUGUGCUUCUUGGACUAAACCUCUCUGAGAUGGAGGAGGAUGAAGAGCCAACUCCUCCUCCUCCCACAAAACCCAAAGAGACUCAGCCACCUCCUCCCAAAGAGGAAGACCUCCCUGAAAACAAGAGAAAGGCCUUAAAGGAAAAGGAGCUUGGGAAUGCUGCAUAUAAGAAUAAAGACUUUGAAAUGGCACUGAAACAUUAUGAAGAAGCGAUUAAACACGACCCAACCAACAUGACUUACAUAUCUAAUCAAGCAGCUGUGUACUUUGAGAAGGGAGAUUUUGACAAGUGCAGAGAGCUGUGUGAGAAAGCCAUUGAUGUUGGCAGAGAGAACAGAGAAGACUACAGACAAAUUGCUAAGGCCCUGGCUCGAAUUGGCAACUCGUACUUCAAGCAGGAAAAGUACAAAGAAGCAAUUCAGUAUUUCAACAAGAGUUUGACAGAGCACCGAACUCCUGACGUGUUGAAGAAGUGUCAACAGGCAGAGAAGAUUUUGAAGGAACAGGAGAAACUAGCCUAUAUCAACCCAGAGUUGGCCCUGGAAGAGAAGAGCAAGGGCAACGAUGCCUUCCAGAAAGGAGACUACCCCUUAGCCAUGAAACAUUACACUGAGGCCAUCAGGAGAAACCCUAAUGAUGCCAAACUCUUCAGUAACAGAGCUGCCUGCUACACAAAGCUGCUGGAGUUUCAGCUUGCCCUGAAGGAUUGUGAAGAGUGCAUCAAACUAGAGCCCACCUUCAUAAAGGGCUACACACGUAAAGGAGCUGCUCUGGAGGCCAUGAAAGACUAUUCCAAAGCUAUGGAUGCAUACCAGAAGGCUCUAGAGCUUGACUCUUCUUCAAAGGAAGCCUCAGAAGGCAUUCAGCGCUGCAUGGUUAGUCAGGCCAUGAGGAAUGACAGCCCUGAGGAAGUGAAGAAAAGGGCCAUGGCUGAUCCAGAGGUGCAGCAAAUUAUGUCUGACCCAGCCAUGCGUAUGAUCCUUGAGCAGAUGCAGAAGGACCCACAGGCCCUUAGCGACCACUUAAAGAAUCCAGUUAUUGCUCAGAAGAUACAGAAACUCAUCGAUGUUGGACUGAUAGCCAUUCGUUAAUGGGAGACAUGAGCCACAGCUGUUAACCCCUCCAAAAUGAAACUUCUUUUACUUUUUCUUUCUUUCUUUUUUUCUUUUUCUUUGCCUUCAAAUCCAACAUAUUAUCUCCUUGUUCUCACUAAGACUCUGUAUGUGUUUGGUUUAUUUUUAUUUUUUAUUUUUUAUAAAGUUUCACAAGUUUAAAAUUGUUUUGAACAAAGCAAGUUUCAUCUGGAAAGCUUCAGACUCCAGAUAACUUUAAGAAAAGAAAUUGGAUUCAAGUGUACAGGUGUUUUUAAUACAUCUAAAAAAAAAAUAAAAUAAUAAAAAAUAAAUGAAUAAUAAUAAUAAUAAAACGAUGCAGUACACCAUCAUGUUCAGUGUUUAAAGGGCAAAUCCAUCCUAAGGCUUUUCUCAUUUUCCUAGUGGUUCAUGAUUUAAAGACGGAGCAGAAAAAAGAAGAGUAAAAAUCACUCCAAAUAGUGAUUAUAAUGUGCAGCACAUCACAAAUUGAAGUUGUCCCUGACCUUUGUAUUGUCAACUUUAAGGUUUAAUUAAACAUGGUGCUUUUAUGUUGAAACGCCAAAUUCGCAUUCCUUGGCGCUUCCUCUUCUGGUCAUUUCCUACACCUCAAGUGCAAAGUUUAAUCCAAUCCCUUUUAACACCUAAAUGCACGUGUGAGACUCUUAAAAACAUAUUAAACGUUAUUAUGAUUUGGACGUGUAUCAUCUACAGCUGUCUCUAAGCAACAGCACAAUUUAGUCAUUAAAUUGGAACAGAUGGUGAUUAAGUGUAAAUGGAUUUUAAAGAUGGUCUGAAUGUGAUAGUUAAAGGGUGGAUUUACCUUUCAGUGCUAGCACAUGCUGGAUGAGUGUGUUGACUUGUGCGUUAACUUAGAUUAACCCCAUUGCACCCUGUCGCAACUUGCUAAUGUGCAUCACACCCAGCAAAGUCGUUUUGUUUUAUCUUUGCACAUACUGCUGUCACAUGUCCUCUCCGUGACAGCUCAGCUAUUUUUCUUGAUGCUUUUUUUUCUUUUCAGAGGAAACAUAAGUUAUACUUCUAACUAACAUUCUGCCACAAUUUUGCCAAUUUGUGGCUUCAGAUACCUCAAAGUUACCACAUUGUCAUAGUAUCUUUGUGCUACGGUUUCCAAGAGGGACUCAAAUAUUCUAUUGUAAUGCCUUUUGUUUCCACACAUACACAGUAGAAUAAUAAAAUGUAGUUAUUUGUGCAGCACAGCAACGAAAUAGGGCAUUUCUAUCAUUCAAGUCCCCAUUGUAAUCAUAAAGUACACACAUCUCACAUGAUGUAAACAGAAUUGUCCAUGGAAGUGUAAUGUACUAAUGGAAACCAGUUGUACU